GAUGAAGAAGUUAGCCCGCAGACAGCAGCAACAGCAGGAGCAACACAACAGCCAAAGGCUAGGCCAAGAGGUGACAUCAGGUUGUAUGGAGAGCUUACUCAGCUCCAUCUCAGGGCCUCUACCUCCAAACCAGCAGCAGCACCUGGUAACCAUGGAGCACAACAGCUACAACACUGACCACUUUCAACAGGGUCUCACCCCACCACAAAUGCCUGGUGAUCACAUGAACCCCUAUGGUACUGACUCCUUUGUCCACGACAUUGACAGUGACACCUCUCUGACAAGUCUAAAUGAUUGCUUCAUGGCCACUACAGAUGUAGGCUCCUUCCAGGGUCAAGUAGGGAACCCCAUCGACAGCCUGUACUCAAUGCAGACCACCUACUUUGCCUCCUGAAACUCCAGCAUUACAAUCAGUCCCAUCCCACCCACAACAUCAUCUCCCAGACCAUAAACAGUAGGUACACAAAGGUGCAGACACAAGACAUUCAGGUCACAUGAUUGUUCUGGAAGACAUGGAUCAGUAAGCAAGGACAAAUGACUGCAGGAAAGACUCCGCCAAAUAUACCUG